AUUGCUCAUUUUGAGCUCCCCUUGAUAUAGUCGGAAUCGGACAUCAGCUGUUGUAUGCACCGAACACCGGUAACCGGUGUUAACCUAAGUCACCUCGAGUACCAUUGAGGGACGCUUCAGCAAUCAUCAUGUUCGUGUAUAUAAUUGUUAAUGGUAUGAGAUUAAUUGUCUCGUAUUGACGAUCUCACAUUAGGUGGCUAUCAUUUUCAUUUACCUACACUCCCAAACAGGUACUGACUGCUCUCAUCCCCUGGUUGUCGAGUCAUGCACAUGGCUCUACCUCCUCCCACAACGAAUAGCCCACCUCAGGCCAUCAUCAAAAAUGUCGAUCUCUACGCCGAAAUUACCGCCACUUCUACCCAGGAUGUUGCCAAAUAUAUCAUUCAGAUGAUUUUGCCUGGUAUUGCUCCAGGAUCUAAGGUCCACGACAACGGGUGUGGUGCGGGAGAGGUCACACGUGAGAUCAUGUCAAUUCCAUCGACAUCAGGACGCAAUAUUGCAAUAGACGCUACCGACAUCUCUUCUGAAUACAUAGAACGCUUGGAGGCCACCGCCAAGGGGAAUGGCUGGCCGGUGACGGUGCACGCGAUGGCUGCCGAAAAGCUUGAUUUUGCGGACGACACAUUUCACUUGUCAAUUGCGAAUUUCGUCUUAUUUCUCACAGCGGAUGGUGGGGUUCCCGCGCUUCGUGAGAUGCAUCGGACGCUCAAGGCCGACGGAACAGCUGUGUUCACAUCAUGGGCCAAGCUCCCGCAUUCCAACGCCAUCAAGGCUGCGCAUGUUGCCACGAGGGGACCGCUAGCACCCUCACUGCGUGAACUUCCUAAGGAGUGGGAACAAGGCUCGCAUCUUGUACAGGUUGCACUAGACGCCGGAUUCGCAAAGGAGCAGGUUGAUGUUUCCCAGGUGCCAGUGUUCGUUCUGGUGGACGACCUGAGGCGUCACGCAAAUGUCAUGUGGAGCUUUCUAGGUAUUCCGACUGUGGGCUGGCUUCCAUCGGACAACGGAAGUUGGGAUGUCGCAGUUGACGUUCUAAUGGGCUGCUUCCAACAUAUGGACGGCUUCAAGAUCUUGGAGAAUGGGCAAAUGAGGAUCGAGCUCGUCGCAAAUGUACUGGUAGCGCACAAAUAAUGAGCUUCUAGAUUACAGAGUACCUAACCUAGAAGACAAGCGUGUUACUAGCUUGCUUAGUGGUAAUUACUUACCUAUUAACUACUACAGAUUUCAACAAUUAUACUUUCCCUCAGAUCUGAGUCGUGAAGCUUGUAACAAUGUGUUUCGCUUUGUUUACAACAUCGCGAAAACUUC